AUGAAAAAGGCAUACGAAUAUAGUAAGAUAUGCGACGCCGAUGUAUGCGUGGGUAUUCGCAUCCGGGAGACGGGUCAGGUACAUAUUUUAUCCGUAGAUGCUUCGGGGUUUUGGGCUUUUCUUACUUCACAAUUAAGCUCCUACUACCCAACUCCAAGUUUGAUUACAGACCGGGACUUGGAGAAGACUGGGGAAGACAUAACUGUCACCACCGCGCGAUGA